GUGAGCCGCCACCUGUCCAAGCUCUUCGACAGCCUGUGCAAGCUGAAGUUCCAGCUCGACACCUCCGGGCAGCCGCUGAAGUCCGGCCUGGGCAUGUACAGCAAGGAGGACGAGUACGUGGACUUUGAUCAGGAGUGUGACCUCUCGGGGCAGGUGGAAGUCUGGCUGAACCGGGUCCUGGACCGAAUGUGCGCCACCCUGCGGCACGAGAUCCCGGAAGCCGUGGUGACAUACGAGGAGAAGCCGAGGGAGCAGUGGAUCUUUGACUACCCCGCGCAGAUCGCCCUCACGUGCACCCAGAUCUGGUGGACCACCGAGGUGGGCCUGGCGUUUUCGAGGCUGGAGGAAGGAUAUGAAAACGCCAUCAAAGAUUACCACAAGAAGCAGAUCAGCCAGCUGAACGCCCUCAUCACCCUGCUCAUUGGAAACCUCAGCGCCGGGGACAGGAUGAAAAUCAUGACCGUCUGUACCAUCGACGUCCACGCCCGGGAUGUGGUCGCCAAGAUGAUCACGGCUAAGGUGGAGAGCGCCCAGGCCUUCACCUGGCAGUCCCAGCUGCGGCACCGCUGGGACGAGGAGAGGAGGCACUGCUUCGCCAACAUCUGUGACGCCCAGAUCCAGUACUCAUACGAGUACCUGGGCAACACGCCGCGGCUCGUCAUCACCCCGCUCACCGACAGGUGCUACAUAACCUUGACCCAGUCCCUCCACCUGAUCAUGGGUGGAGCCCCCGCUGGCCCCGCUGGGACCGGCAAGACGGAGACCACCAAGGACCUGGGCAGAGCCCUGGGCACCAUGGUCUACGUCUUCAACUGCUCCGAGCAAAUGGACUACAAGUCCUGUGGGAAUAUCUACAAGGGCCUGGCCCAGACGGGAGCCUGGGGCUGCUUUGAUGAGUUUAACCGAAUCUCCGUGGAGGUCUUGUCGGUGAUUGCCGUGCAGGUGAAGUGUGUCCAAGACGCGAUUCGAGCCAAGAAGAAAACGUUUAAUUUCCUGGGAGAGAUGAUUAGCCUCAUCCCCACCGUCGGCCUCUUCAUCACCAUGAACCCUGGCUACGCUGGCCGCACGGAGCUGCCCGAGAACCUAAAGGCCUUGUUCAGACCCUGCGCCAUGGUGGUCCCUGACUUUGAACUGAUAUGCGAGAUCAUGCUGGUGGCUGAGGGUUUUCUUGAGGCCCGCCUCCUGGCCAGGAAGUUCAUCACCCUCUACACCUUGUGCAAAGAGCUGCUCUCGAAGCAGGAUCAUUACGACUGGGGCUUGCGUGCCAUCAAGUCUGUGUUGGUGGUGGCCGGCUCCCUGAAGAGGGGCGAUCCCAGCCGGGCAGAGGCCCAGGUGCUGCUGAGGGCACUCAGGGACUUCAACGUCCCCAAGAUCAUCACUGACGACCUGCCUGUGUUCAUGGGGCUCAUUGGAGACCUCUUCCCUGCCCUGGACGUGCCUCGGAAACGGGACCUGAGUUUUGAGAAGGUCAUCAAGCAGAGCAUCUUGGAGCUCAAGCUGCAGGCGGAGGACAGCUUCGUGCUGAAGGUGGUGCAGCUGGAGGAGCUGCUGCAGGUGCGGCACUCAGUGUUCGUCAUCGGGAACGCGGGCAGCGGCAAGUCGCAGGUCCUCAAGUCCCUGCACAAGACCUACCAGAACCUGAAGAGGAAGCCGGUGGCCGUGGACCUGGACCCGAAGGCCGUCACCUGUGACGAGCUUUUUGGCAUCAUCAACCCAGCGACCAGGGAAUGGAAAGACGGCCUCUUCUCCACCGUCAUGCGGGACCUGGCCAACAUCACUCACGACGGCCCCAAGUGGAUCGUCCUGGACGGGGACAUAGACCCCAUGUGGAUCGAGUCCCUCAACACCGUCAUGGACGACAACAAGGUCCUCACCCUGGCCAGCAACGAGCGCAUCCCCCUGAACCGCACCAUGCGGCUGGUGUUCGAGAUCAGCCACCUGAGGACGGCCACACCGGCCACCGUCUCCCGAGCCGGCAUCCUGUACAUCAACCCCGCCGACCUCGGGUGGAGCCCGGUGGUGAGCAGCUGGAUCGAGAGGCGCAAAGUGCAGUCAGAAAAGGCCAACCUGAUGAUCCUCUUCGACAAGUACCUGCCCACCUGCCUGGACAAGCUCCGCGUCGGGUUCAAGAGGAUCACGCCGGUGCCUGAGAUCACAGUCAUCCAGAUGAUCCUGUACCUGCUCGAGUGCCUCCUCACAGAGGAGAACGUGCCGCCCGACUCUGCCAAGGAGCUGUAUGAGCUCUACUUCGCCUUCGCCUGCUCCUGGGCCUGCGGGGGCGCCAUGUUCCAGGACCAGCUGGUAGACUAUCGGGUCGAGUUCAGCAAAUGGUGGAUCAACGAGUUUAAGACAAUCAAGUUCCCCUCGCAGGGGACGGUCUUUGACUACUACAUAGACCCCGACACCAAGAGGUUCCUGCCGUGGACGGACAGAGUGCCCGCCUUUGAGCUGGACCCCGACGUCCCGCUGCAGGCCUCUCUGGUGCACACCACCGAAACCAUCCGCAUCCGCUACUUCAUGGACCUGCUCAUGGAGAAGUCAUGGCCGGUGAUGCUAGUGGGGAACGCGGGAACGGGCAAGUCAGUGCUGAUGGGGGACAAGCUGGACAGCCUGAGCACAGAUGACUACCUAGUGCAGGCCGUGCCCUUCAACUUCUACACGACCUCGGCCAUGCUGCAGGGUGAGGCCGGA